AUGGAGUUAACUGUUGAUAACACCAAUACUACUUCCAAUAUAGAUGAUUUAUCUGUUGCUACACCAACUUCUUUAAUGACAAGUACUACUACAUCACCAUCAAUGUCAACAUCAACAAGUAGUCAUAGCAACACUUUAGAUAUAGAUCCAGCUACUUUUAAAUCAACUUUGCCACCUAGGAAAAGAGCCAAGACUCAAGAAGAAAAGGAACAAAGAAAGAUUGAAAGAAUAUUAAGAAAUAGAAGAGCAGCUCAUGCAUCUAGAGAAAAGAAAAGAAAACAUGUUGAAUAUUUAGAAAACUAUGUUUUAAAAUUGGAAACAAAUUUAAUGAAAUUGAAUAAUAAUUAUAAUCAAGCAUUUGAAUUAUUAACUAAAGAUAAUCAGGAGUUACUAUUGUCUAAACUUGAAGUUUUAGAUGAUGUUUCUGAUUUAAAAGAACAAAUUCAUUCUAAUAUGAGUGGUACAAGAAGGUCUCAUAAUAAGAAGUCAAAUGAUGAAGACAUAGAAGAAGAAGAUGAGGAUGAACACCAAGAAGAAGGUCAUGUUGAAAAACAAGAAAUUAAAAAGGAAGAACCAGUUUCUAAAAAAAGGAAACUUAAUACCAAAACUAAAUCUAAAACAAAAACAAAAAGUUCCAACAAAACUAUGACGUCUACACCACCAUCUUCAGUAUCUUCAUUAUCACCAGAUGUUACUAACUUUAGUGGAACUAAUACCACCAUGUCAUCACCAAUUCAAAUAAAAAAGGAGUUUAAUAUUGAUAAUAUUUUUAUUAAAAAAGAGUUUUCACAAUCACCACUACAACCAACACAUCAACCAGAACAACAAGAACAACAACAUGAAAUAUAUUUAAAAAGUGAAUCAAAAGACGCUUUUUGGAAUUACCCAUCACCACUUUCAUUCCAUGAUUCCCCAUUACAAAUUGAUAUAGAUACUUCAUCAUCAUCAUCAACCUCCCCUUCCUCCUCAUCAUCGUUAAUUUCAUCUUCCGGUCCAACUAAUCAUUCUAUAGCUGAUUUAGCAGAGCCAAUAGAAUCAUUUCAGUUGGACUUUGAUGAUUUUUUUUCGAUUUUAGGAGAUGAUGUUGAAGUUCAUAAAGUCUAA